AUGUGGUUUCUUGGAGAGGAAAAACAGACCCACAAAAGUUGUGUCAAGUGUCGUCGUGUUCAUGCUACAUGCAAGCCUAGCAGGAGCAGAAACUUGGAAACUGACGUUGACGACACUCGACCGAGUAUUGAGGUUCGCACUGAACCUAACCAGCAGCAACGCACCUCUUUGCGAAAACGCAAAGCAAGUGAAUUGACAGAAGACCAGACGGAGGUUAUCUUUGUGAGAUCUCAAGAGAACCAGUAUGCUAGAAAACUCGAAUCGACUCCCCAAAACCGCUUCGAGACGCCUUUGCGAAGUGGCUCAAGCAGGGUGGGCUCUCGUCCAAUCCUCAAUGAUGAGACUCACCAAUCGACUACUGCUGCUGAACGUAUAGAUGGUCGUCUCUCAAGCAUCACGUUGGGUGCAGAUGUACGUUAUCCGCAAGAGACGCAGGGCCAGGAACUUCGCGUACCUCGCCGAGAAUCACAAGACAACAUAAUGCCUGGCUUCAGUCAAAUAGAGAAGGGACUUUACGCCAUCAUCGACGAGAGAUACAAGGCCGAGAUUGACAACCUGAAAAUAAUGAUCAAGAAACAAGCUGCCGACCAUCAAACUCAGAUGGUGGCUUUUCGUGCUAAUUGCACGAAGAGAGGCCAGAAUGAUGAAGCAGUUGAUGAAACCCAGAUAGGAAGGCUGGAAACGCAGAUUGAGACAGAGAGAUCUAAUAGGCGAUGGCUGGAAGAUGAAAUUAUCCGUCUGAAGGCUAGGAUCAGCCGACUCGAAGGUGGGCAGUAG